CCGCGCGCUUAUCAUUGGACGCCAAGACAGCUGACCAGGCUGUAGUCGUAUAUAAGUCGUUGAAUAACUCGGUUACAAGAGCAUAACCCCCAUCUAUUUCACCACUACACCUGUGACAAGAUGCGUCUCUCUCGAGCUUUUGCAUUUCUUGCCACAUCCCUGGCCCUUGUGCCUCAGGCCCAUGCAGGCCCCAUCGCAUAUGGCAUUUGCCAAACUGGCUGCAAUACCGUCGUGGUUGCGUGCUAUGCGGCUGCUGGAUUCACCUUCGGGACAGUCAUCGCAGCUCCUGCAGCUCCUGCUGCCGUUCUCGCCUGCAACGCUGCGCUGGGAACAGGCUUGUACAGAUGUUCCGCUGCCUGCGCUACCGUAGCUCUUUUGGCUCCGACUCCGUGAAGAUACAUGAAUUGAGGGUAUCAUAGUGCAAAGUUCGUUGAGCAAUGAGAAUUCUACAUAUGUGCCGUUCCGUGAUGAAAGUCCGCGUGUCCAUACACUGAGUGAUAGAGAGGAAG